AUGAUUCUAGAAGAGCAGAGAUUCCUCCAUGAGGAUCUUGAGAGGCUGGAGCAGGCUAUAAGUGAUCGGGUAGCUGAAGAGCCUCGACAGGUCCGGGAAAGAUUAAAUAGAGACCAUCAGAUCGCUGGGUUCCUUGAUCGCAUACAGGACCAGUCCAAAAGGUUGCUCGAUAUCUAUAACGAUGCCGACGGCGUCCGUACCAAAGAGAUCCAGUCGAUAUCUACUGGCGAGCCCUUGAAGGAGUUCUACAAACAGCUAGCGGAUAUCAAAUCUUUCCAUCAGAAGUAUCCUAAUGAGCCAGUUGAGAAUUUGGAGAGGGCGUAUAAGAGGAAAGCCCCAGCAGAGGGAGAACCCAUAAUAUCUGAGGUCGACAAUAUGUUCACUGGAGAGGAAGCAUUUGGCAGGUUCCUCGAUCUGACGACAAUCCACGAGCUCUAUCUCAACCUCCCUGGCAUCAAGCGCCUCACAUACCUCCAAUACCUAGACGCGUUCGAUUCAUUUAUACCCCCACAGUGCAACGUUAAACGGCCCGACAAGAUGACCGAUCAAUACUUCAACUACGUUGGGCAAUUGGCGCAAUACCUCGAGGGCUUUAUGAGACGGACACGGCCGCUGGAGAACCUAGACAAGCUGGUCAAGAGUUUCGAGGAAGAUUUUGUGAAAGCUUGGGAUGCCAACGAUGUGGAUGGGUGGAAAUUAGAGGCACCGCCACCAUCAGGCGGACCAUCUAGUGAUGCUAUCUCGUGCGCAGAUUGUGAGAAGGAGUUCAAGAACGAGAAUGUCUACAAAGCUCAUCUCACUGGGAAAAAGCACAUUCGGGCUGCGGAGUUGAGAGCGGCACGUCAAGGUGAAGCUAACGGAGAUUCCGAUCGGCCGGUAACCAGCGCAUCAUCGACCUUGCGAUUAAAGGAACGCGCCAUCGCGGAACGUGAAUACAGAGUAAAGCGCCUUGCGGCGGCCAUGUCACAGGAAAGGAGCGAUACUCGGGUGAACGUCGAGAGAAAACAGGGCAUGACCGAACGCGAACGCCAAAUGGAAUUGGAUGCCCUUUUCGCGGAAUCCACUUCUACGGCUCCCCAAAAUGGAGAUUCGGACAGUGAUUCGGACGACGAUGAGAAAAUAUAUAACCCGCUCAAGCUACCACUAGCCUGGGAUGGCAAGCCAAUUCCAUUUUGGCUGUAUAAGCUCCAUGGUCUGGGAGUUGAAUUCAGGUGCGAAAUAUGUGGCAACUACGUCUACAUGGGAAGAAGGGCUUUCGAUAAGCAUUUCAACGAGGCCCGUCACAUCUACGGACUUAAGUGCUUAGGAAUCACAAACACGACACUGUUCAGGGAGAUUACCGAUAUUGCUGAUGCAGAGAAGCUGUGGGAGAAGAUUCAGCGUGACAAGAAGAAGCACAAGGUCGAUGAAGGCAGUGUGGUGCAGAUGGAGGAUGCCGAAGGCAAUGUGAUGCCCGAAAAAGUGUACUAUGACCUGCAAAAGCAAGGCUUGCUAUAA